UCACAAACCUGAACCAUCUGGGUGGGCAGAGCAUUGACCAGCCUCCACAUUGCAGAGGGAGGUGGUACCAGCAGGGUGACAUUUGGCUAAUGAGUCCAGGUAGCUGUCGAGGAGAAGCAAGAGUUCUUCAAGACGGCCUUCUGGUUUUGUCCUGGAUGACCGGUGGACCAAACCAGUGACAGCACAAUUUAUCUCUGGCCAAGGAAAAUAGGAAGACACUCGGCGCUGUGUGAUGAAGCCCAGGAGCCUCUUCAUCUCUCUGUCUUGGAUAUGUGUACUCUUAAACCCAUGUCAGUCCCAAGAGGAGCAUGAUGAUAAGCCUAAUAUAGUCCUGAUGAUGGUCGAUGACCUUGGGAUUGGGGACCUGGGCUGCUAUGGCAAUGACACAAUGAGGACGCCAAACAUUGACCGCCUAGCCAGGGAAGGAGUGCAGCUGAAUCACAACAUCGCUGCAGCCUCCAUGUGCACCCCAAGCCGGGCUGCCUUCCUCACGGGAAGAUACCCCAUCCGAUCAGGAAUGGUUUCUAGUAUAGUGGACCGUGUCAUCAUCACACUUGGAGCCCCUGCUGGACUCCCUCGUAACGAGACGACGUUUGCAGCCUUACUGAAAAAGCAAGGAUACAGCACAGCGAUCAUAGGCAAAUGGCAUGAAGGCUUAAACUGCCAGUCCCGACAUGACCAGUGCCAUCAUCCAUAUCAUUAUGGGUUUGAUUACUUCUACGGCAUGCCAUUCACUCUGAUCGACCCCUGCUGGCCAGAUCCCUCUCGUGACACAGAACUAGCCAUUGAGAACAAAAUCUGGUUUUGUGUGCAGCUGGUUGCCAUUGCUGCACUCACUCUCACCUUGGCGAAACUGAGUGGUUUGAUCUGUCUUCCCUGGUCCCUCAUCCUCUCUAUGAUUCUUUUUAUUUUUCUGCUGGGCUACUUUUGGUUCUCCAGUUACACAUCUCCUCUGUACUGGGAUUGCCUCCUAAUGCGAGAGCACGACAUCACCGAACAGCCCAUGAAGGCAGAGCGAGCUGGCUCCAUCAUGGUGAAGGAGGCAAUUUCAUUUAUGGAAAGGCACCGCGAAGGACCUUUCCUCCUUGUGUUCUCCUUUCUGCAUGUACAUGUGCCGCUCCCCACGACGACUGAGUUCAUCGGGACCAGCAAGUAUGGUUUAUAUGGGGACAACGUGCAGGAGAUGGACUCCAUGGUUGGCAAGAUUCUCGGUGCCAUCGAUGAUUUUGGUCUGAGGAACCACACGCUUGUCUACUUUACAUCAGACCACGGGGGGCAUUUGGAGGCACGGGUGGGCCAUUCCCAGCGUGGCGGGUGGAACGGAAUAUACAAAGGUGGGAAAGGCAUGGCCGGCUGGGAAGGUGGAAUCCGUGUUCCAGGACUUAUCCGCUGGCCGGGAAGAUUGCCAGCUGGGAAAAUGAUUGAGGAACCUACAAGUUUAAUGGACGUGUUCCCCACGCUAGCGGCUAUGUCGGGAGGCAUGGUCCCUCAGGACAGGGUGAUUGAUGGCCGGAACCUCAUGCCCUUGCUUCAGGGUGAAGUGCAGCGCUCGGAGCACGAGUUCCUGUUCCAUUACUGUGGCGCGUUUCUCCACGCUGUGCGCUGGCACCCCAAGGACAGUGAGACAGUGUGGAAGGUUCAUUACGUGACACCCGUAUUCCAGCCACCGGGAGCUGGAGCCUGCUAUGAGACUCUCUAUUGCCGAUGUUCGGGCAACCUGGUCACCUACCAUGACCCUCCUUUGCUCUUCGACAUCACCAGGGACCCCUCUGAGUCCACACCUCUGACGCAGGACACGGAGCCCUUGUUUGAUGUAGUGAUCCAAACGGUGGCCAACGCCGUGAAGGAACACAAGAAAAGCAUCCUUCCUGUCCAGCAACAGUUGACGGAAUUGAAUUACGACAACCCGUGGCUGAAGCCUUGCUGUGGUGUGUUCCCGUUCUGUCUGUGUGACACGGAGCGGAGCACCUCAGCUGUGGAGGCGUAAGGAGAAGCAACAAUUGAGGUCAGGCAGCCAACAUCAGCUGAUGUUGGCACCUGCAAAAUUUCAAGGAAGGAAUUGGAGAGGCAAUGGAUUUGUCUACCGCUCCAGAUUACUGAAUGCCCAUUGGUUGUGAUGGUGUCUGUUAACUUCUUUUCUGCUCUUGGUGAUAAGUAUGUAUCUAAACAUGUCUUUUGGUGCUAGAAAACAAGCAUUCACAUCCUUUGGCCCCAUCGGCUCUGCUGCUCUCCAAAGCAAACUCUCCAUGUAAGGUCCUGUGUAUAUCCAACUCGUUGCUUGGGAAAGGGAACAUGCCAACCAUUAAAGCAUCAUAAUUGAAAU